UACCAGUAGUUUGCGGUCUGGGAUUAGGAAACCGUCGACAAGUUCCAUAGACAUCAACACAUAUAAAACGGAACUCGAUUUCCCGGGCCGACUUACGCGAUCCUAAUUUCGUCCGAUUCUUGACCGCAGACAAGAAAUUUCCCUCGAAAUCUCCUCCAGUCCAAGGAAGCCCUAGUGUCGAAUCAAUUCAGAAUCCCACCUUCCACUUCAUGAAUUUGAUCGAUUGCACGCAAUAAGUAUACUCCGUCGUCGCCUCAAGCCCUAGUUUCCAAUUCGAGAUCUUCUCGUUGCAUCUGAAGGGAGCGCCGAAACCCUAAAUCUCCGCGUCCUGGUUAGGGGUAGGAGGAGAUGGUUUUCUACUUCAAGGCGCGGCCUGAAGUGGGUGAUUAUACCAUCUUCAUGGGGUUGGACAAGUACGAGAACGAGGAGCUCAUCAAGUACGGGUUUCCUGAGGAUAUAUGGUUUCAUGUGGAUAAAAUGUCCUCUGCUCAUGUUUAUCUCAGAUUGAAAAAAGGUCAGACUAUUGAUGAUAUAAGUGAAGGUCUGCUGGAAGAUUGUGCCCAGCUCGUUAAAGCCAAUUCGAUUCAAGGCAAUAAAGUGAACAACGUUGAUGUUGUUUAUACUCCGUGGUAUAAUUUGAAGAAAACUCCUUCAAUGGAUGUUGGUCAAGUUGGUUUCCACAAUCCUAAGAUGGUCCGUACUGUAAAGGUAGAUAAACGCAUAAAUGAGAUUGUUAACAGGUUGAACAAGACGAAGGUGGAGAGAAAGCCAGACUUGAAAG